AUGGAUUCGUUUGCGAUGUUGAACGAGGAGGUGUUCAAGCAUCUAUGCAGCUUGGCUAUCGACAAAGUUAGCGACAAGACUGAAAGAAGAAAGGCCGGAUGUGGUGGCAUGGCUAUGAGGAAAAGACUCCUUAUCAAAAACUUCGUGAAUGAUCUUUGUCGGAAGAAAGACGAACAAAUUGAGGAGAGAAAUGCAGGCGAUUGUUCAUCGCAAGAUCCUGAGGGUUUGUGCGGACAGAAUAAUGAGAUCGACGAAACCUCGGAUUCGAUUUCGUAUGAGCUGCAGAGAUCUCAUGAUAGUUCCGACAUCACCGAUGAUGACGGCUUGGAAGAAGAUGAUGUCAUCGUAGCCGAAGACGACGACAUAACUCCAAUGCACGAUAUCUGGUUAGAUUCGGCUGCCGUGCCUGACAGUUCAGUUCUCUCCGAUGCUCUUUUAUUUGAACCUAUACAUUCAAGUCGCGAAGGAGCUAUAGGACGCUUAGACGAUAAAUGCAGUGAGACACGACUUUCUCUCUAUUCGCUGUAUUCCUCCGUAUCCGAAUCGGCUGAUGAUGGCGACGAGGCGUUGUCUGCAUGUGAUCCUACGGAAUCCUUGCUUCCGAAUUGCCUUUACGACUGCUCAGAGUCCUCGACCUUUGAUUCCCCUCCUUUGACAUCAUUGUCUUCCAUCUCUAAUCUCUCAGCGAUCUGUGAUAUCAACAACUCAUCCCCAAUACAGCCAGUUUUAGCUGAAGAAAGCGAUCAGAUCUUCCUUUCUCUCAGCAAUCACAAGUACUCCGAUCUCAAAACUUAUAAUCCUGACAUUUCUCUUUCCUCUGCUUCUUUGCCAUCACCACCAAUUAAUGAUUCUCCACGUAUCAGUUGCUCUGUAGCAACAAAGCGUCGGAGUGAUGACUUUCUCUUGUACGACUCCAUCAGUGCUGAUAUUGGCUACCAGAAAAAGAUCAAACUUUGA